AUAAUUAACCUUUCCUUCAUUCUUAGCCUUUUUUCCCUCAAGACUCUUCUAUUAAGCAGCCUUGGGUCUUUCCCAAGGUUUUUCAUAAAAUGAUUAAAACAAAAAUGGAGAGGCCCUUUGGCUGCUUCUUCAUCCUCCUUCUUAUCUCCUAUACCGUCGUUGCCACCUUUGACGAUGAACCUUCUUUCCCCGAAAACGCCGAUCUCACAAAAGAUCUAGAACAAAAAUGUUUUAGCAUCAAUAAAGUUGAUCCUAACCUCAAAUUUGAAAAUGAUCGUCUCAAAAGAGCUUACAUUGCUCUUCAAGCAUGGAAAAAAGCCAUUUACUCUGAUCCAUUUAAAACUACGGCCAAUUGGGUUGGUUCUGAUGUGUGUUCAUACAAUGGAGUUUAUUGUGCACCUGCUCUAGAUGAUGAUAGUCUCACGGUCGUAGCUGGAGUUGACCUUAACCAUGCAGAUAUAGCCGGACAUUUACCACCAGAGCUUGGCCUUAUGACGGACCUAGCUUUAUUUCACAUCAAUUCGAAUCGGUUUUGUGGGAUCAUCCCCAAAAGUUUAUCGAAACUCGCUUUGAUGUACGAAUUCGAUGUUAGCAACAAUCGAUUCGUUGGUCAGUUCCCUGAAGUUUCACUCUCAUGGCCUUCUUUGAAGUUUCUUGAUCUAAGAUACAACGAAUUUGAAGGAAGCUUGCCAUCAGAAAUCUUUGAUAAAGAUCUUGAUGCAAUUUUCUUGAACAACAAUCGGUUUGAAUCGGUUAUCCCCGGUACAAUUGGGAAAUCGAAAGCAUCGGUUGUGACAUUCGCAAACAAUAAAUUCAGUGGUUGUAUCCCAAAAUCGAUUGGUAAUAUGAAGAACCUCAAUGAGAUUGUCUUCACUGGAAACAAUUUAACCGGUUGUUUCCCAAACGAGAUUGGUUUGCUUAACAAUGUGACGGUGUUUGAUGCAAGCAAGAACGGUUUUGUCGGUAGUUUACCGUCAACCUUGUCCGGUUUAGCUAGCGUUGAGCAGUUAGAUUUAUCGCAUAAUAAGCUCACCGGAUUUGUUGUUGACAAAUUUUGCAAGUUGCCUAAUUUGGACAGCUUCAAGUUUUCUUACAAUUUUUUCAAUGGAGAAGCUGAGAGCUGUGUUCCAGGGAGAAACAAUGGGAAACAAUUUGAUGAUACCAACAAUUGCUUGCAAAAUAGACCGAGCCAAAAGCCGGCUAAACAAUGUUUGCCGGUGGUUAGUCGUCCUGUGGAUUGUAGCAAGGACAAAUGCUCUGGCGGUAGCAAUGGUGGCUCUAGCCCAUCACCAAAUCCACCAAGGACGUCCGAGCCAAAGCCAUCAAAACCAGAGCCGGUUAUGCCUAAACCUAGUGAUUCAUCAAAACCCGAGACACCAAAAACACCUGAACAACCUUCACCUAAACCUCAGCCACCAAAGCAUGAAUCUCCUAAACCGGAAGAACCGGAAAACAAGCAUGAGCUACCAAAACAAAAGGAGUCUCCUAAACCACAACCGUCUAAACCUGAAGAUUCUCCUAAACCAGAACAACCAAAACCAGAGGAGUCACCUAAGCCUGAACAACCACAGAUACCUGAGCCUACUAAACCGGUUUCACCACCAAAUGAAGCACAAGGACCAACACCGGAUGAUCCAUAUGAUGCAUCUCCGGUUAAAAAUCGUCGUUCUCCGCCACCACCCAAGGUAGAGGAUACACGUGUACCACCACCACAACCACCAAUGCCUUCCCCAUCACCACCAUCACCGAUUUACUCACCACCACCACCGGUUCACUCACCGCCGCCUCCGGUUUAUUCAUCACCACCACCACCACAUGUCUACUCUCCACCUCCACCAGUUGCUUCUCCUCCACCGCCAUCACCACCACCACCAGUUCACUCUCCUCCACCACCACCGGUUUUCUCUCCACCACCACCAGUUUUCUCUCCACCACCACCAUCACCAGUAUACUCACCACCGCCUCCAAGCCACUCACCACCACCACCAGUAUAUUCUCCGCCUCCACCAACUUUCUCACCACCACCAACACAUAAUACAAACCAACCACCAAUGGGAGCUCCAACACCGACUCAAGCACCAACACCAUCCUCUGAAACAACCCAAGUGCCAACUCCAUCAUCAGAAUCAGAUCAAUCACAAAUUUUGUCACCAGUUCAAGCUCCAACACCGGUUCAAUCCUCAACCCCAUCCUCUGAACCAACCCAAGUGCCAACUCCAUCAUCAUCAGAAUCAUAUCAAGCACCAAAUUUGUCACCAGUUCAAGCUCCAACACCGGUUCAAGCCCCAACCACAUCCUCUGAAACAUCUCAAGUACCAACUCCAUCAUCAGAAUCAAACCAGUCACCAAGUCAAGCUCCAACACCAAUUCUUGAACCGGUUCAUGCCCCAACACCAAACUCUAAACCGGUCCAAUCACCAACACCAUCAAGCGAACCGGUCUCAUCACCAGAACAAUCAGAAGAAGUUGAAGCACCAGAACCAACACCCGUCAAUCCAUCAUCAGUACCAUCAUCUUCUCCUUCCACUGACACAUCUAUUCCACCACCGGAAAACAACGACGAUGAUGAUGAUGGGGAUUUCGUCCUACCACCACACAUUGGAUUCCAAUAUGCAUCGCCACCACCACCAAUGUUCCAAGGAUAUUAAAACCAAUGUAGUAGUGACAGUGUUACCCAUUUUUAACAUUUCUGUCCAUUUUUUCCAUGUGAAUUAUUUGUAUCAAACGAAAAAGAUAUUACAAAGAUGAAAAAUUAAAAUGCCAAUAAUUAUAUAGUAGAUUAUCUUUCAGCAGAUUUUUUUUUGUUGAAAUUGAAGUAUUGAACUAUAACACGAUGCGAUUUGUUUUUUCGGGGUAAAGAAGUUAUCAUUUGUUUUGGCCAUUUUAUGACUUCUAUUCUAUUAUUUGAGAAGCAAAACAUAAAUAUCUAUAUUUGUAAAAUUUAAUAUCUUA